GGAGCUGACAGACCCGGUGAUGAAUGGUGACUCAGGUGCUGGGGUGGUGACUGCCCCCCCUCCCACCACUGCCCCCCACAAGGAGCGCUACUUUGACCGUGUGGAUGAGAGCAGCCCAGAGUACCAGCGUGAGAGAAACAUGGCUCCAGACCUCAGACAGGAUUUCAACAUGAUGGAGCAGAGGAAGAGGGUCUCCAUGAUCCUGCAGAGCCCGGUAGGACUGGCUAUCAUACACACACAUGCAUGCAAAUUCACACAAACACACACUCAGUGUGCAGUGCUACUCCUCUUCUAUCCUAUGUCUUAAUGUAAUGUCACCAACAUAAGAAUAUAAGAACACCUUUUGUCCAAAAACUUGCCCCACUGUUUUUUUUACUUCCAAUUGAAUAGCCUCUUUGUGUAGGGCUGUAUCACCCUCUCCACUAUCACAUGCUAUAACCACUUAACACUGAUCAACAGUUUAUCUGUCUCUCUCAAACACACUACUGUUCCCUAAGCACUCAGUUUAAGCCCAGUAAUAUACGUAUAAAAACUAAAUAUUUAUACACCAGCCCUUAUAGUUAAGGAAGAAAGACAGUCUUUAUUAUGCUGUGCAGUGUGGAUGGAUCAGGGUCUAGGGAUAGGCAGAGAGCCAUAAGGCCUCAGUACUCUAGUCUGAAUGAGUUUAUAUGGGUCAGAGAGGAGAUGAGCUCUUUCCGGGCAGCAAUGACACACACACGCACGCACAAAGUGUGCACACACACACACACACACCGACAGCAGCUGGGAGGGUAACAAAAGGGUAGAGUGCAUGAUAUUCUCCCUUCAGUUCUCUUCAUGUCAGGGACAGUAUGAAACAUACAGGACCAGUGUGAGAAGAUUGUUUUUCAGUGAUCUCUCAUAGCUGCUGUUGGGAAUGUUUGGGUUAGGACAGUAACUACUAGUCAGAGCUUCUGUAAUAUACUAGGCUAUUCCUGCGAACAUUGUUUAUUAUUGUGGAGCCUCUCUGUCUCCUCUUUGCAAUGCGGCAGUCAACAGGCACUUCAGACUUACUUGUGACAUUUUCAAGCAGCGACAGCGAGAGAACACAGGCAGACAUAAAAUAGAGGCCCUUUUAUUUCAGAUCACUCUUGAUUUAAGAGUAACCAUGGAUCCUGAAAUAGAGGAACUAACAAUAGCCAGCCAGUGACAGUGUUAGAAUGCAUCAGCGAAGACGACAGUGUAUUGGCGCGUUCUGUCCUGACCUGAGCCUUCACCAUCUGACUUUGUGAAUGUCCCUGUCUGUCUGUCUGUGACUGUCAACUCUGCGACGGUGGUAGUGUAUUGACGCAUACAGUAUCAGUCAAAAGUUUGGACACACCUACUAAUUCCAGGGUUUUUCUUUAUUUUUACUAUUUUCUGCAUUGUAGAAUAAUAAUGAAGACGUCAAAACUAUGAAAUAACACAUAGAAUCAUGUAGUAACCCAAAAAGUGUUAAACAAAUCAAAAUAUAUUUGAGAUUCUUCAAAUAGCCACCCUUUGCCUUGAUGACAGCUUUGCACACUCUGUGCAUUCUCUCAACCAGCUUCACCUGGAAUGCUUUUCCAACAGUCUUGAAGGAGUUCCUACAUACGCUGAGCACUUACUUGUUGGCUGCUUUUCCUUCACUCUGCGGUCCGACUCAUCCUAAACCAUCUCAAUUGGGUUGAGGUCGGGGGACUGUGGAGGCAAGGUCAUCUGAUGCAGCACUCCAUCACUCUCCUUCUUGGUCAAAUAGCCCUUACACAGCCUGGAGGUGUGUUUUGGGUCAUUGUCCUGUUGAAAAACAAAUGAUAGUCCCACUAAGCCCAAACUAGAUGGGAUGGCGUAUCACUUCAGAAUGCUGUGGUAGCCAUGCUGGUUAAGUGUGCCUUGAAUUCUAAAUAAAUCACUGACAGUGUCACCAGCAAAGCACCCCCACACUAUAACACCACCUCCUCCAUGCUUUACAGUGGGAAAUACACAUGCGGAGAUCAUCCGUUCACCCACACCGCGUCUCACAAAGACACAGCGGUUGGGACUCCAAUUUGGACUCCAGACCAAAGGACACAUUUCCACCGGUCUAAUGUCCAUUGCUCGUGUUUCUUGGUCCAAGCAAGUCUCUUCUUCUUCUUGAUGUCCUUUAGUAGUGGUUUCUUUGCAGCAAUUCAACCAUGAAGGCCUGAUUCACAGUCUCCUCUGAACAGUUGAGAUGUGUCUGUUACUUGAACUCUGAAGCAUUUAUUUGGGCUGCAAUUUCUGAGGCUGGUAACUCUAAUGAACUUAUCCUCUGCAGCAGAGGUAACUCUGGGUCUUCCAUUCCUGUGGCGGUCCUCAUGAGAGCCAGUUUCAUCAUAGCGCUUGAUGGUUUUUGCGACUGCACUUGAAAAAAACUUUCAAAGUUCUUGAAAUGUUCCGUAUUGACUGACCUUCAUGUCUUAAAGUAAUGAUGAUGGACUGUUGUUUCUCUUUGCUUAUUUGAGCUGUUCUUGCCAUAAUUUGGACUUGGUCUUUUACCAAAUAAGGCUAUCUUCUGUAUACCCCCCCUACCUUGUCACAACACAACUGAUUGGCUCAAAUGCAUUAAGAAGGAAAUAAAUUCCACAAAUUAACUUUUAAGAAGGCACGCAUGUUAAUUGAAAUGCAUUCCAGAUGACUACCUCUUGAAGCUGGUUGUGAGAAUGCCAGGAGUGUGCAAAGCUGUGUGAAGAAUCUCAAAUAUAAAAUGUAUUUUGAUUUGUUUAACACUUUUUUGGUUACUACAUGAUUCCAUGUGUUAUUUCAUAGUUUUGAUGUCUUCACUAUUAUUCUACAAUGUAAAAAAAAUAGUAAAAAUAAAGAAAAACCCUUGAAUGAGUAGGUGUGUCCAAACCUUUGACUGGUAGCGUAUGUGUGCAGUGACACGUACUGACCCUUCAAUGUCUGUCUCUGACUAUGUGUCUCUCUGUCUGUCUGUUACUGACUGUGUUACUGUCUACUUUACUCCCCAGGCGUUUUGUGACGAGCUGGAUACGAUGAUCCAGGACCAGAUGAAGAGGGGAAAGACCCCCACCAGCCUGUUGGCCCUGCAGCAGAUAGCUGACUUCAUGACCACGAGUAUCCCCACCAUGUACCCCGCAGCGCCACAGGGAGGCAUGGCUGCACUCAACAUGAGUGAGUAAUAUACAGGAUAAUCCUGUCAUGUGUCUUCAGUUCUUACCACUCUGAUUCCUUUUUAAAUACUUUUUAAGUAAGUGGACUGUCUGUUGGUACUCGAGGAGAGGUUUGGGAAACACUGAUGUAAUGUAUACUUUUAAUCUAAUGUAUAUGGCACUAUAUAUGAGCUAUAUGUGAUGUACAGUGGGGGAAAAAUGUAUUUAGUCAGCCACCAAUUGUGCAAGUUCUCCCACUUAAAAAGAUGAGAGAGGCCUGUAAUUUUCAUCAUAGGUACACGUCAACUAUGACAGACAAAAUGAGAGAGAAAAAAAUCCAGAAAAUCACAUUGUAGGAUUUUUUAUGAAUUUAUUAGCAAAUUAUGGUGGAAAAUAAGUAUUUGGUCAAUAACAAAAGUUUCUCAAUACUUUGUUAUAUACCCUUUGUUGGCAAUGACACAGGUCAAACGUUUUCUGUAAGUCUUCACAAGGUUUUCACACACUGUUGCUGGUAUUUUGGCCCAUUCCUCCAUGCAGAUCUCCUCUAGAGCAGUGAUGUUUUGGGGCUGUCGCUGGGCAACACGGACUUUCAACUCCCUCCAAAGACUUUCUAUGGGGUUGAGAUCUGGAGACUGGCUAGGCCACUCCAGGACCUUGAAAUGCUUCUUACGAAGCCACUCCUUCGUUGCCCGGGCGGUGUGUUUGGGAUCAUUGUCAUGCUGAAAGACCCGGCCACGUUUCAUCUUCAAUGCCCUUGCUGAUGGAAGGAGGUUUUCACUCAAAAUCUCACGAUACAUGGCCCCAUUCAUUCUUUCCUUUACACGAUCAGUCGUCCUGGUCCCUUUGCAGAAAAACAGCCCCAAAGCAUGAUGUUUCCACCCCCAUGCUUCACAGUAGGUAUGGUGUUCUUUGGAUGCAACUCAGCAUUCUUUGUCCUCAAAACACGACGAGUUGAGUUUUUACCAAAAAGUUAUAUUUUGGUUUCAUCUGACCAUAUGACAUUCUCCCAAUCCUCUUCUGGAUCAUCCAAAUGCACUCUAGCAAACUUCAGACGGGCCUGGACAUGUACUGGCUUAAGCAGGGGGACACGUCUGGCACUGCAGGAUUUGAGUCCCUGGCGGCGUAGUGUGUUACUGAUGGUAGGCUUUGUUACUUUGGUCCCAGCUCUCUGCAGGUCAUUCACUAGGUCCCCCCGUGUGGUUCUGGGAUUUUUGCUCACCGUUCUUGUGAUCAUUUUGACCCCACGGGGUGAGAUCUUGCGUGGAGCCCCAGAUCGAGGGAGAUUAUCAGUGGUCUUGUAUGUCUUCCAUUUCCUAAUAAUUGCUCCCACAGUUGAUUUCUUCAAACCAAGCUGCUUACCUAUUGCAGAUUCAGUCUUCCCAGCCUGGUGCAGGUCUACAAUUUUGUUUCUGGUGUCCUUUGACAGCUCUUUGGUCUUGGCCAUAGUGGAGUUUGGUGUGUGACUGUUUGAGGUUGUGGACAGGUGUCUUUUAUACUGAUAACAAGUUCAAACAGGUGCCAUUUAAUACAGGUAACGAGUGGAGGACAGAGGAACCUCUUAAAGAAGAAGUUACAGGUCUGUGAGAGCCAGAAAUCUUGCUUGUUUGUAGGUGACCAAAUACUUAUUUUCCACCAUAAUUUGCAAAUAAAUUUAUUAAAAAUCCUACAAUGUGAUUUUCUGGAUUUUUUUUUCUCAAUUUGUCUGUGAUAGUUGACGUGUACCUAUGAUGAAAAUUACAGGCCUGUCUCAUCUUUUUAAGUGGGAGAACUUGCACAAUUGGUGGCUGACUAAAUACUUUUUUCCCCCACUGUAUGUUACCAGAUUAGUAGGUCCCCUCAGUCCAAGAUGGCCUCCGCUAAGAUCAGAGGUUGUUAGUAGUGUUGUAGUAGAGGGAAACUACAGGCUUUGUAAUGAUAGACAGAUAAAUGCUAUGUUUAGACCUAAAUAAACAUAUUAUUCUUUGUUAACUGAGGUAAAGGAAAUUGUUCCUCUGUCUCUCUCUCAAUUCAAUUUGUUUGAUUGGCAUGAUGUAACAAUGUACACUACCGGUCAAAAGGUUUAGAACACCUACUCAUUCAAGGGAUUUUCUUUAUUUGUAGUAUUUUCUACAUUGUAGAAUAAUAGUGAAGACAUCAAAACUAUGAAAUAACACAUAUGGAAUCAUGUAGUAUAUUUUGUACAAAAGGACCAGUUGACAAAAUAUAUUCUUCAAAGUAGCCACUCUUUGCCUUGAUGACAGCUUUGCACACUCUUGGCAUUCUCUCAACCAGCUUCAUGAGGUUGUCACCUGGAAUGCAUUUCAAUUAACAGGUGUGCCUUCUUAAAAGUUAAUUUGUGGAAUUUCUUUCCUUCUUAAUGCGUUUCAGCCAAUCAGUUUUGUUGUGACAAGGAGGGGGGGGGGUAUACAGAAGAUAGCCCUAUUUAUUAAAAGACCAAGUCCAAGAACAGCUCAAAUAAGUAAAGAGAAACGACAGUCCAUCAUUACUUUAAGACAUGAAGGUCAGUCAAUACGGAAAAUUUCAAGAACUUUGAACGUUUCUUCAAAUGCAAUCGCAAAAACCAUCAAGCGCUAUGAUGAAACUGGCUCUCAUGAGAACUUCCACAGGAAUGGAAGACCCAGAGUUACCUCUGCUGCAGAGGAUAAGUUCAUUAGAGUUACCAGCCUCAGAAAUUGCAGCCCAAAUAAAUGCUUCACAGAGUUCAAGUAACAGACACAUUUCAACAUCAACUGUUCAGAGGAGACGGUGUGAAUCAGGCCUUCAUGGUUGAAUUGCUGCAAAGAAACCACUACUAAAGGACAUCAAUAAGAAGAAGAGACUUGCUUGGACCAAGAAACACGAGCAAUGGACAUUAGACCGGUGGAAAUCUGUCCUUUGGUCUGGAGUCCAAAUUGGAGAUUUUUGGUUCCAACUGCCGUGUCUUUGUGAGACGCGGUGUGGGUGAACGGAUGAUCUCCGCAUGUGUAUUUCCCACCGUAAAGCAUGGAGGAGGAGGUGUUAUGGUGUGGGGGUGCUUUGCUGGUGACACUGUCUGUGAUUUAUUUAGAAUUCAAGGCACACUUAACCAGCAUGGCUACCACAGCAUUCUGCAGCGAUACGCCAUCCCAUCUGGUUUGGGCUUAGUGGGACUAUAACUUUUUUUUCAACAGGACAAUGACCCAACACACCUCCAGGCUGUGUAAGGGCUAUUUGACCAAGAAGGAGAGUGAUGGAGUGCUGCAUCAGAUGACCUUGCCUCCACAAUCCCCCGACCUCAACCAAAUUGAGAUGGUUUGGGAUGAGUCGGACCUCAGAGUGAAGGAAAAGCAGCCAACAAGUGCUCAGCAUAUCUGGGAACUCCUUCAAGACUGUUGGAAAAGCAUUCCAGGUGAAGCUGUUUGAGAGAAUGCCAAGAGUGUGCAAAGCUGUCAUCAAGGCAAAGGGUGGCUACACUGAAGAAUCUCAAAUAUAAAAUAUAUUUUUAUUUGUUUAACAUUUCUUUGGUUACUACAUGAUUCCAUAUGUGUUAUUUCAUAGUUUUGAUGUCUUCACUAUUAUUUUACAAUGUAGAAAAUAGUAAAAAAUAAAGAUAAACCCUUGAAUGAGUAGGUGUUCGAAAACUUUUGACCGGUAGUGUACAUAUUGCCAAAGCAAAUCCCUCUCUCCCUAUCUAGGUCUGGGUAUGGUAACCCCAGUGAAUGACCUGCGUGGAUCUGACUCCAUCUCCUAUGAGAAAGGAGAGAAACUGCUUCGUUGUAAGCUAGCUGCCUUCUACCGCCUGACAGACCUCUUUGGCUGGUCCCAGCUCAUCUACAAGCACUUAACUGUAAGAAAACCUUAUACUGUAGGCAUCUUACCCCUCUAGUGAUACUGUAUAUCACUGAAGCUGACUCGUAGUCAGUACGAAACACCUGAAGUGGUAUGUAGGACAGGAUCUUUUUUCCCCCACUGCAGUAUAAUGUAGUGCUUGCUUCGCACAUUUUACCAGCGGACUAUAUUUUCAGAAAGCUCAAUAAGGAAAUGUGGGGUUGGCUAGGUUAGUAAAAUUAGUUGAGUAAGCAUAAUAUUCUAUACAUAUGAAUCAUCAAAAUAAUGUGAAAAUACUAACUACUGCAUUAUAGUGUAUGUAUGUCAGCCAUUUUGUGUAAUUCCUUAGGCUUAUUUGUUUGUUUGUUUGUUUGUUUGGUACUGAGUAACUUGAUAAGAACACCAUCUGUACUCUUCCAGGUCAGGAUGAAUUCAGAUCAGGAGAGGUUCAUUGUUGUCCCUUUUGGGCUUCUGUACAGUGAAGUCUCCGCCUCCAGUCUGGUAAGGUUCUCCCCCAGUGUCUCUCACUCUUAACAGAGCUGCCUGCAUAAUGUAUGAUAAAGCUGUGAACUAAUUAAAAAUGUACAUCUUAUGUUGUGCUAAAUGCAUUUAAAUGAGUGAUUUUAAAUGAGUGAUUGUCAUUUUGCCUGCCUAACUACUGGUAUUUUAAUAUAUCUGGCUUUGGGAUUCUGAAUGCAUUAGGUUUAUCAACAUCCAACCGUACUUGAGACAUUAAGGUUGUUCAAGUUCCUUCUCUGUCUAGUGUACAGUCGUGGUCAAAAGUUUUGAGAAUGACACAAAUAUACAUUUUCACAAAGUCUGCUGCCUCAGUUUUUAUGAUGGUAAUUUGCAUAUACUCCAGAAUGUUAUGAAGAGUGAUCAGAUGAAUUGCAAUUAAUUGCAAAGUCCCUCUUUGCCAUGAAAAAUGAACUUAAUCCCAAAAAAACAUUUCCACUGCAUUUCAGCCCUGCCACAAAAGGACCAGUUGACAUCAUGUCAGUGAUUCCCUUGUUAACACAGGUGAGAGUGUUGACGAGGACAAGGCUGGAGAUCACUCUGUCAUGCUGAUUGAGUUAGAAUAACAGACUGGAAGCUUUAAAAGGAGGGUGGUGCUUGAAAUCAUUGUUCUUCCUCUGGUUACCUGCAAGGAAAUACGUGCCAUCAUCAUUGCUUUGCAUAAAAAGGGCUUCACAGGCAAGGAUAUUGCUGCUAGUAAGAUUGCACCUAAAUCAACCAUUUAUCGGAUCAUCAAGAACUUAAAGGAGAGAGGUUCAAUUGUUGUGAAGAAGGCUUCAGGGCGCCCAAGAAAGUUCAGCAAGCGCCAGGACCGUUUCCUAAAGUUGAUUCAGCUGCGGGAUCGGGGCACCACCAGUGCAGAGCUUGCUCAGGAAUGGCAGCAGGCAAGUGUGAGUGCAUCUGCACGCACAGUGAGGCGAAGACUUUUGGAGGAUGGCCUGGUGUCAAGAAGGGCAUCGAGGAAGCCACUUCUCUCCAGGAAAAACUUCAGGGACAGACUGAUAUUCUGCAAAAGGUACAGGGAUUGGACUGCUGAGGACUGGGGUAAAGUCAUUUUCUCUGAUGAAUCCCCUUUCCGAUUGUUUGGGUUAUCCGGAAAAAAGCUUGUCCGGAGAAGACAAGGUGAGCGCUACCAUCAGUCCUGUGUCAUGCCAACAGUAAAGCAUCCUGAGACCAUUCAUGUGUGGGGUUGCUUCUCAGCCAAGGGAGUGGGCUCACUCACAAUUUUACCUAAGAACACAUCCAUUAAUAAAGAAUGGUACCAACACAUCCUCCGAGAGCAACUUCUCCCAACCAUCCAAGAACAGUUUGGUGAUGAACAAUGCCUUUUCCAGCAUGAUGGAGCACCUUGCCAUAAGGCAAAAGUGAUAACUAAGUGGUUCGGGGAACAAAACAUCGACAUUUUGGGUCCAUGGCCAGGAAACUCCCCAGACCUUAAUCCCAUUGAGAACUUGUGGUCAAUCCUCAAGAGGCGGGUGGACAAACAAAAACCCACAAAUUCUGCCAAACUCCAAGCAUUGAUUAUGCAAGAAUGGGCUGCCAUCAGUCAGGAUGUGGCCCAGAAGAUAAUUGACAGCAUGCCAGGGCGGAUUGCAGAGGUCUUGAAAAAGAAGGGUCAACACUGCAAAUAUUGACUCUUUGCAUAAACUUAAUGUAAUUGUCAAUAAAAGCCUUUGACACUUAUGGAAUGCUUGUAAUUAUACUUCAGUAUACCAUAGUAACAUCUGACAAAAAUAUCUAAAAACACUGAAGCAGCAAACUUUGUAAAGACCAAUACUUGUGUCAUUCUCAAAACUUUUGACCACGACUGUACUGUAAUCUGGAGAUGUAACACUUGUCUUGUUAUAUGCUGACUCAUAGAUCCUUCAAGGCCGAAGCUGCCGUCAAUUCCCUCUGCCUGUAUCAUAUUUUUACAUUGUUAAUUUCACUGACAGGCCUGAGUCCCAGAUCUGUUUGUGCUGUCUUGCCAACUCCUAUGUCAUUUUUAAAUUUACAUUUACAUUUUACAUUUACAUUUUAGUCAUUUAGCAGACGCUCUUAUCCAGAGCGACUUACAGGAGCAAUUAGGGUUAAGUGCCUUGCUUAAGGGCACAUCGACAGAUUUUUCACCUAGUCGGCUCGGGGAUUAGAACCAGCGACCUUUCGGUUACUGGCACAACGCUCUUACCCACUAAGCUACCUGCCGCAGCCAAACCUGCAAACUCAAGUUUGGCUAGAGUUUGCAAGACAGAACAAAUAGAUCUGGGACAUAGGCUAGCAUGGUAAGAUAAGUCACAGGGCAUUGACUCACUGUUUAACUGUAUGAUCCCAGAUGUAUCACUUUUUUUUUUUUUUUCUUGUUAACUUUUAGAUAGUUAAUUUCACUGUAGUCUUUCAGUCAUAAGGCAUUGACUCACCGCUGCCUGUCUGGUCCUAUCCCAUAGAGCUAUGUUAUAAUGUAUCCUUUCUAUUUAAUUCUGUGUCCCAUCCUAGGUGAAGAUUAAUAUACAAGGGGAGAUCGUGGACCGGGGGAGCACCAAUUUAGGGGUCAACCUGGCUGGCUUCACUCUCCACUCAGCAAUCUACGCAGCCCGGCCAGACGUCAAGUGCAUUGUACACGUCCACACACCGGCCGGAGCUGCAGUAAGAAAUAAGCCACCCCACCCCACCAACCACACACACCUGACCCAUUCCUAACUUCCUUUCUCUGCCUGGUUGCUACAGAUCUAUAGAACUUUAACAUUUUUAUGCUCUUGUAAACUUUGUAAUAUUAGGCGCAUUCAUUUUAGCUCACCCAGGGCACCAUUCCAUUGGUGAAAAUUCUGCCCAUCAAGGGCACCAAGCGAGCUAGAACGAAUGUGAAAAAUCGUGAAAUACUGCUGCUACCAAAAUAAACAUUCUAGUCAGCUGUUGUGGUGUAGUUCUACAGCGCCCCAUAUCUGUAGUGGUAGAUAAUUACAUCUGUCUGUGUGUUGUGUUUCAGGUGUCGGCCUUGAAAUGAUGCCUGCUGCCCAUCUCCAGAGGCCCUGUCCCUAUUGGUGGAUAACUUGUGUUCUGUGUGUUGUAUUUCAGGUGUCGGCCAUGAAGUGUGGCCUGUUGCCCAUCUCUCCAGAGGCCAUGACCCUGGGGGAAGUGGCCUACCAUGACUACCACGGCAUCCUCGUAGAUGAGGAGGAGAGCGUCCUUAUACAGAAGAACCUGGGGCCAACCAGCAAGGUAACAGAAGAAGGGUUCAAAAUGAUGGGGCCAGGCUAGGGAGGGUUUGGGAAUAAAUUGGGACUGGCUGCAAGUGUGCGUGCGCACAUGGCUUAAUCUGUGUCUGGGGAAACUGGCCCUAAGUGUCUAUAUGUGUGAGAGAGUAUCUUUUUGUGUGUGGGUACACUGAGUUGUUUUGAUGUUAUUUGUCCUCUAGGUUCUGAUCCUUAGAAACCAUGGUCUGGUGUCUGUUGGGGAGACUGUGGAGGAAGCCUUCUACUAUAUCCACAACCUGGUCACUGCAUGUGAGGUCCAGGUAGGACACUUUCCUGACAGUUUUCAGGCCAAAUGUUGAUUUCAGUGAGAAUCUGCUCCAGGGCCGCUGCUCUGCGGCUGAUCUUAUGCUGCACCCAGCCUUCAAUCAAUGAUACAUCGUAUUGUAUACUGUUACUCUCAGACAAGAUGCCAACUCUCUGAGCAUUUGCCAAGUAUAAUACAAUCGAAACACAACAUAUACCCAACACAAUACUUCAUUCUGCAUGUGACAUGAUCGUGUCUGUGACUGAAUGACUUUGUGUGGGACUAUGUGUUUGUGUGUGUUUCCAGGUGCGCACCCUAGCCAAUGCUGGAGGGCCUGAUAACCUGGUGAUGCUGGACCCUGCUAAGUACAAAUCCCGGCCGCGGUGCUCUGAGCAUGUCGAGGGCUCCACACACCCAAAGUGGCUGGUCGGGGAGCAGGAGUUUGAGGCUUACAUGAGGAUGCUGGAUAACCUGGUAGGAAUUCGCCUAUUAGUCUUGAGAGUAAUGUUACCUUUUCCUAGACUGGCCCCAGAUAUGUUUGUGUUGUUUUGCCAACUCCUAUGGUCAUGGUCAUUGUCAUUGCCAAAUGUUGUUUGACCAUAGGAGUUGGUAAGACAGUACAAACAGAUAUGAGACUACCAGGAUAACCUUUCCUGCCAAGCUGGAAAAAUUACAUUUCAUUACAGUUGACAGAUUUUCAUGUAAAAUUAUAUUAGUAAUACUGUAGGUUACUAUCAAUAAUAUUUGAUAUGCCUUGCUUUAACUCCUUUCUUGAUACACCCUCUAACUGACCCUGUCUCUCUCUUUCUCUAGGGUUACAGGACAGGCUACCCCUACAGGUGCCCUGCCCUGCGAGACAAAGCAAAAAAGUUCAGCAGCGACGUAGAGAUCGCUCCCUCUGCCACGGGCUAUUCCUAUGCCGAGGACAGUGACUCGGGCGCUCGCUCCCCUCUCAAGCACAGCUUUCAGAGGCAGCAGCGUGACAAGACCCGCUGGCUCAACUCGGGCCGGCCGGACGAUGCCAACGAGGAAGGGCCUGACGGUGGCAGCCCCAAGUCGAAGACUAAGGUGUGGACGAACAUUACACAUGAUCACGUCAAACCCUUGCUGCAGUCUCUCUCGUCCGGUGUCUGCGUGCCAAGCUGUAUUACCAACUGCUUGGUCUGUGUCUACCUUAUUGUUCAUAGUUAGUCGUACAGUUCAGCUAGUUGUUGACAGGGCAGCUGGUUGGCACUCUAAGGUUGGGGUGAAAUGGAUCCUGUGAUCUAUUUAGAUCGUGUGCUUCUCCAGAUAACUCCAGACAUCUCCAGUGUUUGGAUGUAUCUAACCACUCUCUCUGUCCAGUAGUUAACUAAUUCCCAUUGUGGUAGUUUUGCUCUAUUUUCCUCUCUAGCCAGUCCAAAGACCAGACUUUAAUAACUGAUUAAGACAGAUUUUAUAUAUUCUGAUUCCCCCUUUUCAUUCCCUUGAAAAUGCACUUCUUUGUUCCUAAAUCUUACUCUGUCUAAAGAAGUUGUUUUCCCUAUGAACCACUCUGUUAAGCAGGUGGUCCCUCCCUCUCUUCCUCCUCUUAGUCCCACUCCUCCCCUUUCCAUCCCUUGUUCCCUCAGGCUUUAGGGUGCCAGCCCAGCAGCCCAGCGCAUGCGGUGUUGCAUGAGUAGUCAGAUGCAUUGCGGGAGGAGGAGCGACAGGGGUGUGGCAUGAGCCCAGAGUGGGCGUGGCUCGAUGAUGUUGCUUACGAACCACUACUGCUGCUUUACAGAUUUGUUCUCGUUCCUUUCUGUCUGGUGUUGUGUGUCUGAUCUGUAGCUUUUCUAACUGUGCACCCAGGGAAGUUAGUGCAGUGUUAAACUGAAGCAUAAUGUAGGAUGCAUUUUACUAAAGCAAACCUCACACCUUUCUAAGGUGAGGUGUGUUGCACACAGUUUUGUACCACAGUUAAUGAUAUGAGAGUAUGACAAUGUAUUACUAAUUACUAGCUAAUCUAAUAGAACAAUACACUAAAUUAUAGAUAGACAAUGUCCCCCUUUGUAGACGCACUUCAAAGCUAGCAUGCCUCUUUUAUUUUGAGCAUUGUUUGACCUUUGAAACCGAGGAAGUUACCUCUAUCUCUUGCAGCUGGUCCUUCGGCCAGACAGCUAAUUACAUCACAGUUAAAGCCAUAGACAGUGAAUAAGGCGCAAGACCGCCCUGCUUUUGGUAUGGCAUUGGAAUCGGAAUCUCAUGAGUCAUAGCCUGCUUUUUUAUGACUCAGACCCGAACCGCCUCCCAAAUGCCCAGAGCUGAUAUGAAACUUCAUUUGUGUUCCCAUGCAUGAGCAAAUAUGUUUAAUUAAAAAAAAAAGAAGAAAAAUACAUUUAACCCAUUUUAACUUUUGAACCGAUUAUCUCCUCUGGGAAAGUAGGAGAAAGUGUUGUUGUGAAACUCUGUACAUAAUCAGUGAGUAUAUCAUGUUUACAUGUCCAUCCCAUGUUUCCUAACUACAUCCCAGAUGCCCUUUGCCUCUUCCUCAUCUAGUUUUUGGUUUGGCACCUAACAGCUUUAACAACCCAGCUGAAACAUCUCUUAAACAGAAAAGAACCCAUAGCUCAUGCUACUCCAAGGCAAAUUGCAUAAUAACAUGCUUUCCAGAAAGUGCAUUAAAAAAGGUGGAAAAAUAAAAAAUAUUAGCAUGAAGGGUAAAAGUACUGUAGAUUCAGCGGCUGCUCAUUUAAUCAUAUCUGUGUUUAAAAAAAAUAAAGCUCAAUCAUUUUCUGAGCAUUCCCAUUGUUUCAGUUUAAACAGCUCUGUCAAGAACUUCCAGAACAGUCCAGUUCAUUACCUUCCAAAAAAUGACAGCUCCAGAGAUUCUUUCUACUGCUGUCGUACAAGAACGGUAUUCAGUAGUAGAUCAAAAUACCAUUGCAUAGAGACCAUGACAGCCCCUUUUAACUAAACAUAAACUAAGGACAUUUUAACUUGUAUAAAAUUCAAUUCUUGGGGGUAACACUAAGUUGGAGUUUUUUCCCCAAUUAGUUAUUCUGUCAGUCAGUAAAUGGUGGACGAGUGUCUCGUCUGUCGGUGUGUGUUUUUCUCUUUAUCCCUGUUGUUCUGUUACUGUACUGUAUGUUAGCCUGGGAAAUGACUUGGUAAUGCCCACUCUCACGCCUCACCCCAUUGCCACUAGCUCGCUGGUCCACAUACAGUACAUAGCUUCUACUGUACUGUAAGCCAGCGUCAUCAUCGCCUCACCCCCUCCCGUUUUCACCCCCUCCCCGGUCGCUCAUCAUCUUGUGAUGUCUUCAGUUGCUCUUUUUUGUGUUUUAUAGUUGUUUACUCCGUUUUUUAAGUCUACCAGUAACAGCCAGAGUAUGAAUGAUGAUGAUGAUGAUGAUAAUUGUGCAUCUUUUUGGAGGAAACAUUGUACUAUUUUGGUAUUGUAUGUUCAAUAACAGAUGCCUGUUAGGGGGUUAGAUAAUGACAUAGAAUACCAGUAACUUAAUACAGUGUGUACUGUCUAGAACUAUGAAAUACAGAGCCAUCCUGCCAAAAUAUGCAUCAUCACUGCUUCUACGUGUAUUUUAUAUUUUUUAUAAUUCCGUUAGUCAUACCUUCUCAAUUUUUUCAGUUUGAAAAGCAUGACCUAUUAUUAUAAUUAUUGUCCUGUAAAGCCUGCGUAGUCUGUAUAUUUAAAUAUUUUGCACCUGUUUUUUCAUGUUAUUUUGGCGGCGUCAUUUUAGGCAGUUUAUUUUAAUUGUUGCUAUGGUGAUUACAGUGGAUGAAUGAGGAAGGGAUGCGACAGGCUGCAGUGGCCAAUCAGUUUGUCCCGCUCAACACAAACCCCAAAGAGGUGCUGGAGAUGAGGAACAAGGUAGGAUAUCAUUUUAACAUGGACUCUCUGUCGAUUAUUUCAACAUGGGUUGGUUUGGGUCCCAACUCUUUGCCCUACUCCUGUAGUGUGCACUUGUACACUGUUCAUCAUGGAUUUAAAAGCAUUAGGUUUUUUUCAACAACAACAAAAAUGAAUCCAUGAGUGGUAGUGCACACUUCGGAAGAAGGUUAGAAAAUCGGGAUUUCUGUCUUUGUGUUAUUCAAUGCAUGUCUGUGGCUCCGUAUCCAACCCCUCUUUCUGUCUGCUACCACCCUCUAGAUCCGAGAGCAGAACCUUAAGGACAUCAAGACUGCAGGGCCUGAGUCCCAGGUGCUGUGUGCUGGAAGCAUGGUGGACCGCUCCUUUGUCCAGGUGAGUCCAUCCUGUGCCCUGCCCCACACCACAGCCAGCCAAACCCUGGAAAAAUAGCAAUAUGUGUGCUGCCCCAUAUGCUUACCCUCGAGACCUAAUUUCAAAUUCUUAAGCUUGGCUUGAUUGAGCCAAUAUAAUAGUUGCAAAACUGCAAACCCUGCACUCUAAGCAGACUAAAGCAAAGGCUAAAAGUAUUUGAAUGAUUUCUAAUAGUAUUUGAACCCAGGUCUGACUUGAUCGCCCCCACUGACAUUUAAGUUAACUUGGUUAUUCUUUGACCACAGAGAAGUUCAGUCUGGCAGGUAAGUAACAUGAAGGUCAGAGGUAAACUCAUGCUGUGUCACAGGCCGGGUUGUGUCCAUCUCCUUUGGUUGAUUUUAGAUUUUCAUCCUUUUGAUGACUAACCCCAACAUGCUGUUAGCCUUCAGCACUGUUAGCCUUCAGCACUGUUAGCCUUCAGCACUGUUAGCCUUCAGCACUGUUCGCUACAGGUCUGUUGGAUUGCUUUCAUAUGACUUCAGAGUUGAGUUUGCAUGUUGUUGGUUUGCCCUCCUCCUGAGUUCCUUUCCAUUAUUUGACCUCUGGUGGAUCCCAUUCAUAAUUAGUUAUUAAGGUUUUGCUAGUUUAAUUUGAAUGAGUUUUGGGAGGACUGCUGAGGCCAUUGUUGAAGUGUUUGUCUGCUAACCAAUAUAAUGUGCAUUAUGCGAUCAGAUUUGACUAAUGAAGGUCUUUAGAAGGACUGAUUUGAGAAAGAGCAGUUGGUUUUCUCUGAACCUUUCUUCACUGUUAGUUAUAACGUUUUGGUUUUGCGUGAUUUGAUGGCGUUAAAUCUAGAGGUAAAUGUCUUAUGGUUUUGUGUCUCCGUAGUUUGACUUGCACACACUCCUGUGGUGUGUUGCAAUGCAUGAUCCAGAGCCAUUUUUAUUAUCAUGAUCACGCUUGAGACUGCCCCAUUCGCCUCCCUUAAACAAACGCUGCGUGGGUGUGACUAUGCGUACUGUAUGAAUGUGUGUGUGUUCUCGGACUGAGUUCUGCCCCCCUCACUCAGUUUACUAUUGCAGGACGCCCCUCUGUCUGACUGUACGGACACUAUUGCCAGCCUCGAUCUGUCAGAGGCCAAUAGUCCUGCUAAGUCUUUUAGAAAGGUACUUCCUGACCUUCCAUGACAUCUCACAUUACCUCUCACCUCUCUUCUGUGUGAUAUCUGGGGCAGGUUCAGUAGGCAACCAUUGUGGAACAUUGCAGAUAGAAAUAGAGUUGAUGUGAUUCCUUCAAGUCACAUGUCAGAAAAGGCCAGUUUGUUCAACAUUAUAUAUUUCUAUCUCAAUGUUCCACAAUGUUGUGCCCUGUUGAACGUGACCCUGUUCUUCAUCGCCCCAUAUUUCGGACUCCAAGGUGAGGUAUAAACAUUUAAGACAACUUGAAUAGGCCCUAUUGUCCAGACUGCUUUGAAAUGCUCCAUACUAGUAGUGACGUCAAACUUUCAGGCACCGGGGUUAAAUUGUGUUGUAGAGCAUUUUUUUACUCUCUAAAUGGUUAAAUGAGUGAGAAAUAGAUGUCAUUGUUGCAAUAGUUUGUGAGUGGGCAACAUAUAUCCUGUUAAAUUGACAUGUUUAAUUAUUUUGCCAUAUUAAAUGCUUUUCUCUUUCCUGUUUUGGCGACCCCCAAAUAAAAAUGCAUCACUCCAAAAUGUAGCUGACUGUCUUCUGCAGGUUGUUCUCUAAACAGUGAUGUAAAAAAUAUCUCCAGUUUCCAUGUGUUUUUUUGUGUGUUAAUUUCCACAGCGGGUACAACAUGAUAGUCCCCCCUAAUUUAUAUUAGUGAUUUAUUGCCAAAACAGGGUUUUUGGUGCGUGUGCAGUUUAUAUGGUGCUCAUAUACAAGUACAUAAUAAUAAUAAUAAUAAUAAUAAUAAUAUGCCAUUUAGCAGACGCUUUUAUCCAAAGCGACUUAGUCAUGUGUGCAUACAUUUUUACGCAUGGGUGGUCCCGGGGAUUGAACCCACUACCCUGGCGUUACAAGCGCCAUGCUCUACCAAUUGAGCUACAGAGGACCACGAUAUGAUUACUAUUGUUGCAUAUGUACAGUACCAGUCAAAAGUUUGGACACCCCUAUCAUUCAAGGGUUUUUCUUUAUUUGUACUAUUUUCUACAUUGUAGAAUAAUAGUGAAGACAUCAAAACUAUUAAAUAGCACAUAUGAAAUCAUGUAGUAACCAAAAAAGUGUUAAACAAAUCAUAAUGUAUUUUAGAUUCUUCUAAGUAGCCACCCUUUGCCUUGAUGACAACUUUGCACACUCUUGGCAUUCUCUCAACCAACUUCAAGAGGAAUGCUUUUCCAACAUUCUUGAAGGAGCUCCCACAUAUGCUGAGCACUUGUUGGCUGCUUUUCCUUCACGCGGUCCAACUCAUCCCAAACCAUCUCAAUUGGUUGAGGUCGGGAGAUUGUGGAGGCCAGGUCAUCUGAUGCAGCACUUAAUCACUCUCCUUCUUGGUCAAAUAACCUGAAGGUGUGUUUUGGGUCAUUGUCCUGUUGAAAAACAAAUUAUCGUCCCACUAAGCGCAAACCAGAUGGGGUGGCGUAUUGCUGCAGAAUGCUGUGGUAGCCAUGCUGGUUAAGUGUGCCUUGAAUUCUAAACAGAUCACAGACACUGUCACCAGCAAAGCACCCCCACACCAUAACACCUCCUCCUCCAUGCUUCACGGUGGGAACCACACAUGCAGAGAUCAUCCGUUCACCUACUCUGCGCCUCACAAAGACACGGCGGUUGGAACCAAAAAUCUCAAAUUUGGACUCGUCAGACCAAAGGACAGAUUUCCACCGGUCUAAUAUCCAUUGCUCGUGUUUCUUGGCCCAAGCAAGUCUCUUCUUAUUAUUGGUGUCCUUUAGUAGUGGUUUCUUCGCAGCAAUUCGACCAUGAAGGCCUGAUUUCACGCAGUCUCCUCUGUAUAGUUGAUGUUGAGAUGUGUCUGUUACUUGAACUCUGUGAAGCAUUUAUUUGGGCUGCAAUUUCUGAGGCUGUUAACUCCAAUGAACUUAUCCUCUGCAGCAGAGGUAACUCUGGGUCUUCCUUUCCUGUGACGGUCUUCAUGAGAGCCAGUUUCAUCAUAGCGCCUUAUGGUUUUUGCGACUUUCAAAGUUCUUGAAAUGUUCCAGAUUAACUGACCUUCAUGUCUUAAAGUAAUGAUGGACUGUCAUUUCUUUUUGCUUAUUUGAGCUGUUCUUGCCAUAAUAUGGACUUGGUCUUUUACCAAAUAGGGCUAUUUUCUCUAUACCACCCCUACCUUGUCACAACACAACUGAUUGGCUCAAACGCAUUAAGAAGGAAAGGAAUUCCACAAAUUAACUUUUAACAAGGCACACCUGUUAAUUGAAAUGCAUUCCAGAUGACUACCUCAUGAAGCUGGUUGAGAGAAUGCCAAGAGUGUGCAAAGCUGUCAUCAAGACAAACAGUGGCUACUUUGAAGAAUCUCAAAUAUAAAAUAUAUUUUGAUUUGUUUAACACUUUUUUGGUUACUACAUGAUUCCAUAUGUGUUAUUUAAUAGUUUUGAUGUCUUCACUAUUAUUCUACAAUGUAGAAAAUAGUAACAAUAAAGAAAACCCUUGAAUGAGUAGGUGUUUCCAAACUUUUGACUGGUACUGUAUGUGUCGAUAAUACAUUUAAUGUUUAGGUUUUCAAUAUAUCAUGAACUGUUUCUGCAUAUUGGCAGGGCCGGCUCCAGACAUACGCGGUCGCUUAGGGCCCCCGGCUGCUAGGAACUCAGUCGGGGUCUCAACUUACUGUUGAGAGUUAGAGUAGUAGAAUACACAAGGUGCAAGUUCGAAAUUUGUCAGUCAUUGACAGUCACUCAAUUAGCAGUGUCAGCUAACAAUUUUUAGAUUAGUAAAUUAGUCUAGCCAUUUAUCUAAACUUGUUGGGCACGUGCCCAGGGGACCUGACAUCCAGGGGGCACCCAUUGAUUUUGUUAGUCACUCUCACUCAGAUCAUUAACAUGGCAUAAGUCAUGACAAAAUGUGUAGAAUUGCAGGAAAUUAGCUUUAAAACUGCAAAAGUGUCUCUGCCCCAUGGCAUAAUUAGUAGAAUUGAAUGACAUUUAUUAUAAAAUUGCAAAAAUGUCUCUCCGCCCCACGGUAGAAUGCGUAGAACUGCAGGAAAUGUACUUUAAAAUGUAUAUUUGUCUGUCCGCUGUCAAGAGGGGGGCCACAAAAGAAAAGAGGGAAGCAGAGACAGCAUCAUUUUCAAUUUAAGUUUUAGGAAUACAAAUUUGAACUUUCAACAUUAAUUUCCAAUGGUAUUGUACUUAACCAGUCCAAAAACAUGCUGCAAUUGAUUUAUUUUGAUGAUAUACCAGAAAUCCCCAAAAUAGGUUUGACCUGCCUAAUACUAGUAUUAACAUAUUUAGAAAUUCUCAGUGUUGGCAUUGAUUUAAAAAAUUGUCUAACAAUAUACAUUUUGUGACGCACAACAGGCCUGUUUUUAGCAACAAUGUGUCCUGUGUCCCUUCCUGUCUAUAUCACUAGGGAGAGCUGGUGACAGCGUCUAAGGCCAUCAUAGAGAAGGAGUACCAGCCCAGAGUCAUCAUCAACCAGAAAGGCCCCAACCCCUUCAACAAGCAGUUCGACCAGGAGCUGGAGGAAUACCGCAAGGAGGUGGAACUCAAACAGAAAGGACCCGAUGGUAAGACCUGUCAACUGUCUCCUAGAUCACCUCUUGGGUUACGUUUGACCAACUCUGAGAAACUGCACUGUUUGUUCACCAUUAAACCCUCUUUUCUCCAUUAUCUUCUAGUAGCAGUAGCAGUAGUAGUAGUAGCAGUAGUAGUAGUAGCAGUAGCAGUAGCUUUAUUGUUCCAGAUGGGAAAUUGGUUUGCAGUAUACAGUUUUAAGAAAGAAAUGACAACCGCACAAAGAUACAGAAUCACAAUAUAUGUGAGGUAUGAGGUAGUUCUUCACAAAGCUCCUGGAGCCAACGACCCGUCACAGAGAUCCAAAUUGUUGUGUUGCAUCAUUCAUCCAGUACAGGGUGAAGAGUCCUCCACAGCCAGCACACAGCUCCCUUCACCUGGGCCUGGGGAGGGAGGCCUGUCCCCCUCUACCUCCCCACAGAAGCCUGCACUGAAACCAAAGCCCCUCUGUGUCCCAGAGAAGUGUCUAGAGGUCUCUGAGUCCCACCCCACAGCCUCCACGGCCACCCCUACCACCACCUCCUCUCUCCCCAGCCGAGACACCCUGACCGAGUCGGGGGAAGGUCAGGAGAGCCCUGGGACGUCUGCAGGGUCGGGGCCCAGGGGCUACGGGGGAGAUUCCCACCCAGAGUCUCCUCACAAGGAGUUUCACUGUGCCGUGCUGAAGGCCCUCAGCACCACCAACACAGAGCUGGCAACCCUCACCCUCCCUGAGGCUCCAGGUACUGACUGACUGCCCUCACCCUCCCUGAGGCUCCAGGUACUGACUGACUGCAGAGUGAUUCUGUCCUGCCCUCCUGCUCUCCGUCCUGCAUUCUUACAUUUGACUGGAGUCCCUUUUCUGUCUCUCCGGGGUUGAUCCUGCUCCCGUCCUACUCACUACUUAGCCCUCUCCAAUCCUCAAACCUUGUCUGUCCUCUGCCUAUGCCACCCUCCUCAUGGUUAAGGUUACAAAAUAUCCAGGUGUUCCAGAAAUCCCGGUUGGAGGAUUCCAGGAAUCAGCAGGGAGGAAAUCCUUGAAAUGUGAAACAUCCCACCAGGAUUUCUGGAAAACCUGGGAAUUUGGGUAAAGUUUCCAGAAUUUUGCAACCCUCCCCCUACCAUCUGAUCUUACUCAUCUCUGUUUAACCAAUGGAAUCCUAUUGCUCAUUGUUGCUCUCCGAGGAAGCCUUCCCCAAAUGAACAUGAAUGAUCUCUCUCGUCAAUAAUCAGUCCUGGGCAAGAGACUCUUCCUCAUCCUCCUGCUCCUCCUCCUAACAUGGACCUGUUUUCCUUUUGGGGUGUGUAAAAGUUUACUACUAAUCAUCUGAUUGGCGUCUCCAAGGGAAGAGGUUCCUUAUCUGGGGUGAAGGUGGACUUACAUGGGUCUUGUUACCAUUGUGGGCUAUAUUACUUAUGCAGUGUCGUGUGCAAUAUCCUCUAAUAAUAAUCAAUACCUGUGUUCUUCUCUUCUGUGUGCUAUUGUUAUAUACUGUAUGUGGUUGUGUAAGAGUAGUAUGUAUUACACAACUUUCUCUGGGUUGAUGAUGUGUUGUUUUGUAUGAACCCUGUAACUGGCAAUCCUCAAUCAAAAUCAAUGAAUGCAUUGCUCUAAUCUGACCAGUUGACAACCUUCGUCUUUUCGUUUGUGAAAUGGACUUUAAAUAAAGUUUGAUUUGAUUUCCUCCCCAGACGCGUUACCGGAGCCUAAGGAAGAGGUAAAGGGUCAGAGUCAGACCUGCACGCCCCCCAGCACCCCUGUCAGAGCAGAGGAAGGUUAGUUGGCCUAGUGGCUUCUCCUGGGCUACUACUGGGUGUGAGGCACCAUGGUUAAGGGUCAAAAACAAGGAAUGCUGGGGUCCCUGGCUGUUUGUCUUUGAUGUGGUCUUUAACAUAAUAACUGUAGUUGCUUUUGAAUGUGAUGUUUAAUGUGUAAUAACAGGCCAAGAGGUUUGAGGCUAAUUGAGGUGAAUUGGUUUAUAUGGGAAACAAACAAACCAUAAGAUCAGAAGGGUAUACUACAAAGUAGGAUCAAUGAGUUAGCCAGCUAUCUUGGCUAAAUGUUCUGAAAUAACAUUUUAUUUUUUAGAAAGAUGCACUUAGAAUGGGCAUGGUCUCAUUGAAACAACAACAAAAACACAUAUCUAUGUUUAGCUUUCUUAAUGAACCAGAAAAUCUAUUGUUAUUUCUGGUUGUUCAUCUAACUCGGGCUCCCGAGUGGCGCAGCGGUCUAAGGCACUGCAUCUCAGUGCUUGAGGCGUCACUACAGACCCCCUGGUUCGAUUCCAGGCUGUAUCACAACCGGCCGUGAUUGGGAGUCCCAUAGGGCGGCGCACAAUUGGCCCAGCGUCGUCCGGGUUUGGCCGGUGUAGGCCGUCAUUGUAAAUAAGAAUUUAUUCUUAACUGACUUGCCUAGUUAAAUAAAGGUAAAAUAAAAAAUAAAAGAAAUACCCCUCAUGUAAUGGAAAGUUCAGUGUAAUUCAGGAUUGACAUUUUCGUCCAAAGAAUAUCCUUUAGAUUAUGAUUCCUCAAGAUCAACAGAGCGCUACAAAUGGGUAAUAUACCAAAGAUAGCCAAAACUUUUAGAGAGCUUGGCGUUUAUUUUUAUUUUUAUAUAUAUUUAAAAGAAUUACCCCUUUUUCGUGAUAUCCAAUUGGUAGUUACAGUCUUGUCCCAUUGCUGCAACUCCCGUACGGACUCGGGAGAGGUGAAGGUCGAGAGCCAUGCGUCCUCCAAAACACGACCACGCCAAGCCACACCGCUUCUUGACAUACUGCUCGCUUAACCCGGAAGCCAGCCACACCAAUAAUAUGCCAUUUAGCAGACGCUUUUAUCCAAAGCGACUUACAGUCAUGUGUGCAUAAAUUUUUACGUAUGGGUGGUCCCGGGGAUCGAACCCACUACCCUGGCGUUACAAGCGCCAUGCUCUACCAAUUGAGCUAAAGAGGACCACCCAUACGGAGGAAACACCGUACAGCUGGCGACUGGCCCGCCACAAGGAGUCGCUAGAGCGCGAUGGGACAAGGAUAUCCCGGCCGGCCAAACCCUCCCCUAACCCGGAUGACGCUGGGCCAAUUGUGCACCGCCUCAUGGGUCUCCUGGUCGCGGCCGGCUGCGACACAGCCCGGGAUCGAACCAGGGUCUGUAGUGACGCCUCUAGCACUGUGAUGCAGUGCCCCUGUGCCACUUGGGAGGCCUCGGGUGAAUUUUUCUUAAAUGAGAGUAACAUUGAAGUGCAUUAUGAUCAUUUAAGAAAGUACUUAGUUUAAUUUUAUUUCUCCCUCUUGGUCUUUAUUACUUUUGGAUUACAUCUUUUAAAGACAGCAGGAGAAUGUCCAAUACAGUAUAAUGACACUACUGGUUGUAAAACCAUAAAGUACAGUAUUUCUCAGACACUUCUUGCCAUGGCUUAUACAGUAAUAAAGAAUUAAUGCAUCAAGAUCUAUGGAGGCCUGAGAGGGACAUAGUUAUCCUUCCUCUGAUAUUCUGAAGUAAAUACUGUGCUUCUUCCAGCAUCUCCCAGUAUAAACCAUGACAAGCUGUGUUCUGUAGGUAGUAAAGUAUAGAAGGGAAGGAGAAUGUGAUUGUCUACAAGACCAAUCACUGGUGUAAUCUAAUCAAAGAUGGUCUUAUAACACUUGUCUUACGUUACGUUAAAUAUCUUCCAAUCCCCAUUCUCUUCUCCAUUCUCCUUCUUUUGGAGUCUUGCUAAGAAUGGCUUUUUGCCAUUCUUUUUUAUUUAAUUUAUCCUGGUGUUUUUCCUAUAUUCAUUUGUAUUUUUCUUUUAUAAUUUUAACACUGUGGUGGCUGUGAUUGACUUGCAUCUAUAGACGUUUGUUUCUACCUGUGCUUCUUCUUCUUUGUGGCUGCGUUACUAUCAGGAGAUGGAAAUGCUAAAGAGUACCUGUUGCCAUAGUAAGUACGUACUGUUCCAACCACCAACUCACCUCCGCCCCCAUGGCUUGUGUUCAAACUAUUAACCCCUCCGUUCCUUGCAUGGCUUCACUCUUCUGACUCUUCCUCCUCUUUCUUGUUCUCUCUCUCUCUCUGGCCCGCUGGGGUUGAGUAUCUAUUCCUCCUCACUUUGGUCCUUGAAUUCCUGUUCUUUCCCUCUUAUUUCCUUUUGUUGCCAGGUGCUAUUUCAGAGGUCCUCCCUGUCUGAAAUGACAGUAUCUUUUAAAUUAUGAGAUUGAUGUUAACACCACUUCCUAUACAGUCUAUGGUCCAAGCCAACGACAGUGGAGAGAUCUGAGAUAGACCCAGCAACAAAUCUCUUUUUAGGUAAUCUCUUCCUUCCCAGAGUUGACCUAUUGUGAAGACCUUUGAGUCUUACAUGGGAACAUCUUAUUUUAAAACAAAUGAAAUCAUAAGUUCCUGCAUUAGAAUUCCCAUGAAUACAAUACAUGAAACAGUGCAUUCGGAAAGUAUUCAGACACCUUCACUUUUUCCACAUUUUGUUACGUUACAGCCUUAUUCUAAAAUGGAUUAAAUCGUUUUUUCCCCUCAUUAAUCUACACACAAUACCCCAUAAUGACAAAGCAAAAACAGGUUUUUAGAAAUGUUAGCAAAUGUAUUAAAUAUAAAACUGAAAUAUCACAUUUACAUAAGUAUUCAGAACCUUUACUCAGUACUUUGUUGAAGCACCUUUGGCAGCGAUUACAGCUUAGAGUCUUCUUGGGUAUGACGCUACAAGCCUGGCACACCUGUAUUUGGGGAGCAUGUUGUCUGAUUGUCUAAUUAGAUCUUACCCUGCUCUCCCCCCUCUGCUCCCCCCCCCUCACAGAGUCCCAGCCGGAGCACACCUAUAAGGAUGAGAGUGACCAGCCUACACUGAGACAGACCCUCCCUGACCUGACCCCAGAUGACAAACCCUCCGACACCCCAGCCCCCACCCUCCCCGCCGAAGACCCCGCUCCCGCCGCCACCGAACAGCCCGCCACUGAGGGGGAGGAGCUUGCUGAUGCUUCCGCCGCCUGUGACCAUGACGGUGAACAGGACGGCGACGAAUCCCCCAGCAAAUCACCUUCCAAGAAGAAGAAGAAGUUCCGCACUCCCUCCUUCCUCAAGAAAAACAAAAAGAAGACUGAAGAAAAGGAACAUAAAGCAAAGGAACCCU